GCGUGGCUACUUGCUCCGGGCCCGCGAUCGUCGUGUCUCCAUCGCCAGCCGCGCAUCCCCCUGCCUCCGACAAGAUCCCAAAUCCACGCUCCCGGCCGGCGGAAUGCCGGCCGAGCGCGUCGACGUCGCGGUCACCUCGCGGACGCUGGUGCGGGCGUCCGACCCGCCGCGGGGCUUCCCGGCCGUGCUCCCGGCCUCCAACCUCGACCUCAUCCUCGGCUCGUUCCACACCUACCUCGUCGCCGUCUACCCGGCCCCGGCCGCGGGCUUCCCCGCGGUGGCCGCGGCCGCGAGCGCCGCGCUGCCGGCCUUCCUCUCCCGGUUCUUCCCCUUCGCCGGCCGCGUCGUCACCAACGCCUCCACGGGCGUCCCCGAGAUCGCCUGCGACAACGCCGGCGCGGAGCUCGUGGUGGCGGAGGCCGCGGCGAGGCUGGCGGACGUCGAUUUCGCCGACGCCGACCGCUCGCUCGCCCGCGUCGCCGUGCCGUUCCGCCAGGGCCUCGCGCUGUCGCUGCAGCUCGUCCGGUUCGCCUGCGGCGGGUUCGCGCUGUCGUGGGGCACCGACCACCUCCUCGCCGACGGCCACGGCCUCACGAUGCUGCCCAACGCGUGGGCGGAGCUCCUCCGCACCGGGGGCCUCUCGUGGGAGCCCCACCACGAGCGGGCGUCGCUCUUCCGCCCCCGCUCGCCGCCGCGGUUCAGCCCGUCGCUGGACGCCGAGUUCACGCGGUACGCGCCGGCGGGGCUCCCCAACACCCUCCUGACGGCUGCCCUCGUGCGCCGCAACUACGUGGUCUCCGCCGCCGACGUCGCCCGCCUCCGCACCGCGGCCAGCACCCCCGCCCGCCGCGCCACCCGGCUCGAGGCCCUGUCCGCGCACGUCUGGAAGCUGCUCGCCGCGGCGGUGGGCGGGUCCGACACCCACUGCCGCAUGGCGUGGCUCGUCGACGGGCGGCCCCGCCUCGACCCCGCCAGGUACGACGCGGGCACCGUGCGCCGGUACCUCGGCAACGUGUUGACGUACGCGUCGCGGGAGGCGGCCGUGGAGGCCGUGUCGUCGGCGACGCUGGCCGAUGUGGCGGCGAUGGCGGGCGCGGCCAUCGCGGAGGUGUUCCGGUCGGAGCGGUUCGAGGAGCUGGUAGACUGGAUGGAGGCGCGCAAGGGGGUGUUCCGAGAGGGCGGCAAGUGGACGGAGGCGGUGGGCGUGGGGACGGGGAGCCCCGCGCUGGUGGUCUCGGCGUUCGUGCCGUUCCGCGUGGAGGGGGACUUCGGGUUCGGGCGGCCGCGGCUGGUGAUGCCGUGGGUGCGGCCGGGGCGGCUGGGUUCCGCGGCCAUGACGGUGGCGCGGAGCCCGCGGGAGGACGGGUCGUGGGUGAUCACCGCCAGGCUGUGGCCGCGGCUGGCCGACGCCGUGGACGCGGACCCGGAGGCCGUGCUCAAGCCGGCCACGGCCGCGCGGCUCGGGUUCGGCGAGCCCGAGCCGGCGGCAGGCGUGGCGCAGCAUGCGAGCCGCUUGUGAGGAGUUCGGACUUCGACCGGCGGGUCUCCCCGGGCUGUGCCGUGGAGGGAUGCCGUGUGAGAAUUGAGAUGUGGCGCCGACACGUUGUACUGUCUCAAUUCUUGUCGACGCCAGCUCGAGACAAAGUAUUUUGGAUCUACUGCUAGCCCUUGUUUAAGCCUUGUAACAAGUUGCCUAACUUUGGGGUGUCCAAAUUACUGUAGCGACACUGUAGCGUUUCGUUUGUACUUGUAAAUUAUUGUCCAAAUAUUGACUAAUUAGGCUCAAAAGAUUCGUCUCGCAAAGUACAA